AUGACUCUCGGACCCUUCGAACUCCCGGCGGCGGCCGACUUCCACGUCCACCUCCGUGACGGGAAGAUGGCCGAGACCGUCACCAAGACGAUUCGUCAAGGAGGAGUCUCUCUUGCUUACGUCAUGCCUAACUUGACGCCUCCUGUAACUACCGUCGAGCAGGCGCUCUCCUACAAGACCCGUCUCCAGGCUAUAGAUUCGUCCAUCAACUAUCAGAUGACCCUGUACCUUCACCCGACAAUCACUCCCGAGGUGAUUCGCGAGGCCAAGCGAGCAGGAAUUGCAGGCGUCAAGUCGUACCCCGCCGGAGUUACCACCAACUCAGAUGCUGGAGUCAUCAGCUAUGAGGAAUAUUACGACGUCUUCGCUGCCAUGGAAUCGGAGGGUCUGGUACUCAACUUGCACGGAGAGGUUCCCAGCGACCCCAAGAUGGGAAUUACAAUUCUCAACGCAGAGUCCAAGUUCCUCCCGACUCUGAAGGAACUCCACGAAAGAUUCCCUCGCCUGAAGAUUGUCCUUGAGCACUGCUCCACCAAGGAUGCCGUGGAGGCUGUCAACGCCUGCGGAGAUAACGUUGUUGGCACCAUUACCUCCCACCACCUUUUCCUCCUUGUCGAUGACGCCGCUUCAGAUGUGUUCUGCUACUGCAAGCCCGUCGCCAAGACCCCCGAGGACCGCACCGCUCUUCUGCAGGCCGUUGUCAGCAGCAAGGGCAAGUUUUUCCUGGGCACCGACUCUGCCCCUCACGAUAUCAGCGCCAAGAAGAAGGGCAAGACGGCUGCCGGUGUCUUCACCCAACCCUACGCCACCCAGAUUGUCAUGUCUGCGCUUGAGGCAGCCAUCGAGAGGGAAGAGAUUAAGGAGGAGGAUGUCACACAGGAGCUGCUGGAGGGCUUCUUCAGCACUUUCGGGCGCAAGUUCUAUGGAGUUGAGGAUAAGUCUGGUGAGAGGAUCAGGCUAUCCAAGGGAGAUGAAGUCAUCUCCGGCAACGUUGUGGGUGAAGGCGUUGAGGUCCAGCCCUUCCGCACCGGCCUGCCCACCUGGACUGUGGAAUGGAUCUGA